AUGUACCUUUCACCAGAACAGAUUGACUAUACUCAAUUUGGAACAUGGCGUCUACGUCGGGACACAUCAAAACGUGUCAAAACUGUGCUCGUGGCAAAAUCCGAUGUAUCCGAACUUCGGAUUCCUCUAUCUGUGAUCGCCCUGUCUGACCCGGAACUUCAUUCCAUCCCAGAUAAACCCCGAGAUGUUAUUGAUCGCGGGAUUGUGAGAUUUGAUGAUGCCGUCAGUCUUCUUGAAUCUUUUCGGGAAACCUUGAUGCCAUGUUUUCCAUAUAUCUUUAUCGCACCGGAAGUGACGCUUGCUCAGCUGCGAGCGGAGAACCCGCUUCUCUUGCUGGCUAUCCUCAAGGUCUCAUCAUACAAAAAUGCAGCCGCUCAGCAGAUAUUGGAAGAAACAUUCCAAACAGCAGUUGCUGAUCAGAUGAUCUUCGCCUAUAAUCCAUCCAUGGACGUAUUGCUGGGACUCCUUGUGGUUUUGGCAUGUCGCUCGACAAUAUUGCAAAAGGAUCGCAUGAUGACUCGGCUGUCAUAUGUUGAAAAGCAUGCACUUGAAUUACUAUCAAAUGCUGAGACUGCCAGUGAUCGCUGCUUAAUACAACUAGUAAAAUUACAACAAAUCUUUGAACGGAUCGAUGAUGCUGUGGUCACUACUGCGAAUCCAGUACGAGAGGUUGAUAUGCAUGCAUUCCAAACCGAAAUCAAUGAGUACAGAACGACCUUGCUGGCAAAGUUUUCGGACAAUUCCAACUAUUCGGCUUCGUCCGCGCCUCGCUCCCAUGCAGACUCAGGGCUCCCACCACAUCUCCAAAGUGGCCACCAACCGUUAGACUUAUCACCCUUCCAGGUUGAAUUUCUCAAUCGCGGCAUGACUGAAGCAAAAAGAUUCUUUGAUUACAUUUUCAAAUUUGCUCCGGAUACUUAUCGACUGAUCAGCCAUACGCAAUGGCUGCAAAUAGGCUUUAACUUGGUUCUAGGCUGCAAACUGGCCGUCACGGGGGCAAAAUACGCCCCACGCAGUCCGCAUGUUCGUGCCCUAUGCUCGGCUUUGAAUAUGCCGCAUGUUCUGCGGGCCGCGUUGCAACGGAUCCAAUGGCUCAGCAAGGACAGAGUGACUGUAGAUGGGAAACAGCACUCCAAAUACUUCUACGAGGCAUGGCUGUGGCAUAUUCUUGAAUGGUUCGAGCAAAAGUAUCACCUGGUGCCCUCUGAAGAUACGACCCAAAUACCUACAGGAUUACCCGAUGGCGGCCUCGGACCGUCUACUUUGGCCAACAGCGCAACCUCGCAGGAUGUCCCCCUGAUGGGUGAAAGUUAUGGCGCCACACAAGUACCACAGGUAGAUGAUACUGCCUUAUGGCCGGACUUCCUCUGGAACAUAAGCACGGAUGACAUACUCAAUGGGUAUAUGGGGUUUCCGGAUAUGUCGUGUCCCACAUUACAGCCUGGACAUGACGUGCCACUGCCAUGA